AUGGCGAAAAGCACUGGAAAAGAAGCGAGUGCGGAGGCUGGGCCGCAAAUGUUUACCGUGCGCUGCCCUGCGGGGCAGCUCAUCCUUGAGCUUCCCGCGUGCCGCUUUCACCGGAUGGACAAGAAGCGGUGGGCGAUUUUGCUAUACUAUGUGCGCUGUCGAGUGUACGACGCGCUGGAAGUAGGCCAGCUCUACAUUGAGCACCCUGGCGACCUCCCGCCAUUUCCAUUUGGCGUGCCGGCGGCGGGAUUCGUGUACGGACAAGUGCGAGAUGGACGGCCGCGUGCCUUGCUCGCCAUGCCGAGCUGUAUUUCUCGUGGCGAUCCGCUGCCCAAGCUGCAAGUGUACUGGAUGCGGGAUAUGUAUUUGCCGGCGUCUACCCUGGCGCGUGCGCGCGUCCAGCAAGUCGCGGCCCACUACCGGAAAUGCAUACUGAGCGACAAGGCGUUUAUGGAGUGCGGUAUCGUGUCGGUAGUGCCGUACAAUCCACAGGACAUCCAUCGCGGCGUCCACGGCAGGCAGUCUAUCCGAACCAAGGACGGGUACUGGGAGUAUGUAGAGAAGCAUGUUGCGCCGGGCGACGAGGUGCUCAUUCCCCUGUAUCCCUACCUUGCCACUGCGUUUCGCAACUUUGCCAUUGUAUUCUUCCCUGUGGGAAACGCGUUCGUCGUCCAGGUACUCUCUGGCGAUCCAAGGCUCGGCAAAUUCCACGGAAGAACGUACUCGCUGAUGUACUUCCAGGCGCGUGGAUCCAUUUCUCUGGAGGAUAUCAGGGCACAGUUUGCGUGGCAUGCAGCGGUGGGCGUUCAGGUCCACUGCGCAGGUUGUCUAAGAUAG